ACACACCUUUGAAUGCUUUGAAACUUCAAUCUUUCUUGACUUUUUCCUAGUUAAAGCAUGGAGUAUUAGUUUUUGACGUUCCACAAGUCUCUGACAUAUCUUCCUAUUGCAUCUGUGAUCUGCUCACAGCAUCCUAAUUCCAUACCACCCAAUAAAAAAAAAGAAGGGGCCAAAUGAUAGGCAUCAUCAUUACCAAGUUUUUGUUUCAUAUUUCUAUUCUUUACCUCUGGUUCCUUCUUGCUUUCGGAACCGACAGCAUCUUACCAGGCCAAUCUAUCUCCUACAACCAGACAAUAACCUCCAGAAAUGGAGUAUUCGAACUUGGUUUUAUACCACCAGAAUCAGACUGCGACUACAAAUCGCCUGAGUGUAUCUGCACCAUUUUUGGUAUCUGGUACAGCAAACUUGCUGUGCUGACUACAGUGUGGGGGCCAAGGAUAAAACACCAUGAUAUAUGGAGUCAUAAUUCCUUACAGCUUACAAUGUCUCCAUAUGGUAAUCUCCAACUCAGUAAUGGGACGGAAUCUGUUGCACUUUGGUCAAGCAGGUCAUCCUCAGAGUUUAAUUCAACGAAAUUAGUUCUCGACAACAAUGGUAAUUUGGUGAUUAGGAGUAUUUUGGAUCCUAACCAGAUUUACUGGCAAAGUUUUGAUCAUCCUAUAGGCACCUGGCUACCUGGUGCCAAAGUCAAAUUCAAUAGGCUUGCUAACAUAGAACAAGCCUAUUUAUCAAGUAACUACUGGAGCAACUUCACAUUUGAGAUGGAUCCCAAGACAAUGAAAUCAAUAAUUCUUAAGAAGAAUGGUAUCAGGUACGGUGCUUGUAGGCUCAAAGGAAUUUCUUUUUCUUGUUCACUGCAAUUAGGUUGGUAUAAUGGUGAAGCUGAUAUGAUACUCCACGACCACACCACUGUUUCAUAUGUGUCAAAUGAAAAUGAGACGUAUUUCACUUACAAAUUGGCUAACUCCUCCACAUUAACACGAUUUAUCAUAGAUGAUAACGGAUAUUUCACUCAGCUAAUGUGGUCAGAAGAUUCUAAGAUCUGGGAGGUAUCUAAACUGAGGUUGUCUGAUGCAUAUUGUAAUCAAUAUGCAAUCUAUAACCACAGAAGAAAGCAUUUCAGCACUUGCUCGUCUGCAAUUGGACCUGAUUCGCAAAGACAACCUGCUUCUGAAUAUGGAAGACAUAGUCUGCUACAAUGCCAUGAUGGAGAAAAGGACGGCUUCAUUCUCAUUCACAAUGCAUCCAUAGCUGGUAGUAAUAACGCAGAGAUUUCUCAACCAGGGAAUCCAGAGAGAUGUAAAAGAGCUUGUAUGAAUGAUUGCAGCUGCCCAGCAUAUUAUUACAAAGAUAUGUGUGUGGCGUGGAACCAAAGCUCGUUCGAUCUUCAAUACGCUAGAGGAUUUGAUCUGUACUACAGACUUGCUAGAACCUACAGACUUGUAAUAACAACAACAAAAAGAAAGAAUGAGCCGGGAUUUAUUCUGUUAGUUCUAGGUGCCACUGUUGGUGGAAUGUGUCUCAUUCUUACCUUAUUGGUUCUCAUUUGGAAAAACAGAAGCAUGAAAAUUCAUGCAUCAAAAGCAGUGAAGGGUUCUUUACAGGUGAUGAAUUACAGUGAACUACGGAGAGCAACAAAGAACUUUUCCAAUAGAUUGGGUGAAGGAGGGUUUGGUUCUGUCUACAAAGGAACCUUGCCCAAUUCAUCAGAUAGCAUAGCUGUGAAGCAUCUCAAGGUCCAUUGCCAAGGAGAUAAGCAAUUCCGAGCAGAAGUAAGCACCAUCGGAAAGAUUCAUCACAUAAAUCUUCUGCGUCUCAGAGGAUUUUGUGUUGAAGGCAGCAAGAAGUUCCUAGUCUAUGACUAUAUGCCACAUGGGUCGCUUGAAAAGCAUAUUUUUGGUGAAGACCACGGGAUAUUAGGCUGGAGAGCAAGAUACCAGAUUGGACUAGGGAUUGCGAAAGGAUUGGCCUAUCUUCAUGAGGAGUGUAGAGAAUGCAUCAUACACUGUGACAUAAAGCCAGAGAACAUACUGCUAGAUGAAAAUUUUAAUCCCAAGAUUGGGGAUUUCGGCCUUGUAAAACUCCUAGGCCGAGAUUUCAGUCAAGUACUGACAACAAUGAGAGGAACAAGAGGUUAUCUCGCACCAGAGUGGAUUUCAGGUACAGCUAUCACAUCAAAGGCUGAUGUAUACAGCUAUGGGAUGAUGCUGUUUGAAAUUAUAUCAGGAAAAAGAAACUGGUCUAUAAGAAUCAACGAGGAAGAUGAUUACAUCCCACUUCAAGUCAUGGAGAAACUAACAAGUGAUGGAGAAGUCAUAAACUUGCUAGACAAUAAACUAGCAGGAGACGCUAACCCAGAAGAAUUAAUCAGAGCUUGUAGAGUUGCAGGGUGGUGUAUCCAGGAAGAUGAGAAGGAUAGACUGUCCAUGGUGCAAGUAGUACAAAUUCUAGAAGGAGUCUCAGAAGUUAUAAAUCCUCCUAUUCCAAGAUUUCUGCAGUACGUUGCCCAAAUUCCAGAGGACUCUACUGCUUAUCAUACAUGUACUGCUGGAUGAUAACUUGUGAAAUAUAACAGAAUUGGUCAGUUCAAAUAUUAUGCAAGUCCAACAAUAUAUUUUCGCUUUCGUGUAUUUAUCUCGUCUACCUGCUAUAUCAUUGAAUAUAUAUAACCCUAUCAAUAAGUGGGUCAGCAAAUCUAGGAAGCCUUUCUUCAC